CAACAUUCAAUAUUUCUUUUCCACUUAAAGUUCGUUCCGAAAAACCUUCGACUCAGAUAGCUUGUGUGCAACACAAGCUAACCAAAUUGUUGACGCUGCUCAGGGAUGUCUUCCCUGGAGACCGGUGGUCCUGUCUAGUUGCAAUUAACCAAAUUGUGAGGCGACAUCUCGCCGGAAAUACUCAAAUCCGAUUUUCUAAAUCGCCUUUCAAAGCAAAUACAAAACGAAAAGAUGCCGCCGCAGCUAAUGUCCCAGAUGGAAAAUGGCGGCGAGGAGGAAGGGUGUCGUUUGGAGUGCAAGGAAAUGGAUCCGCUGCGGCUAACCACGCUGAUCCUGAGUGCGGAUCCACGGUAUCGCAUCAAGCCAAUGCAGCAAGUCGUGUCCGCCCUCGUUGGCGGUCUCAUCACGACAUUUGUGGUGACGCCCUUGGAGGUGGUGAAAACGCGCGUCCAGACGCAGCACGCGAUCCGCCAGCGACCGACUGUUUCGAAGCUCUGCUACGUCUAUCACAACGGCCUGAUGACCCACGUGUGCCGCUCCAGUGAUAUCUGUGUCCCGAAACCAGGCCGUGAUCCGCAAAAUCUUCGGCCGCUACGCGGCGCCAUGGAUGCCUUUGUCAAGAUCGUGUGCACAAGUGGAUUCAGUGGUCUGUGGGCGGGUCUAAGUCCCACUUUAGUUUCGGCCCUGCCCUCCACGAUUAUCUACUUUCUGACGUACGAGUAUAUUAAGAAUUCGCUAUCCCACAUCUACUUGGUCUCGCAGAAGUUUGAGGAAUCCGGCAUGAAGGACCAAGUGCCUGGAGCCGACGGCGGAGAUCCCCUGGACCAGGCAACCAGGGGAAUAAAUGUGAGCGCCACCGCACCGGUAUCCACCGCAUCGCUGCCCUACUACGUGCCCAUGGCCUCGGGCAUUUGCUCGCGCACCAUUGUGGUCACGGCCAUUACGCCCAUCGAAAUGGUUCGCAUCAAGAUGCAGUCGGAGUACAUGACCUACGCCGAGCUGUGGCGUGUGCUGCGCUCGUUGAUCCGCCAGCACGGCAUCCUGGGUCUUUGGCGGGGCUGGCCGCCCACCGUGAUGCGGGACGCACCCUUCUCCGGAACCUAUUGGGCAGUCUACGAGGCGAUUAAGCGGGCCUUCAGCGUCACGGAGCCGACUUUCCUCUUUAGCUUCCUUACGGGCGCCAUCUCCGGAGCGGUGGGUGAGGGUGGCUACCUUUGUGACCAUGCCCUUUGACCUGAUCACCACGCACACGCAGAUUGAGCUGGGUCAGGACGUUCUGUACGAGGAGAUUGGAGCGGGAACAGGAGCGGGAACGGGAACAGGAGCAGGAGCACGACCAAAGACACCGCAAAGUGCCGUCGCCAAUUCCAGGCCAUCGGUGCUCUCGCGAAUGCGUCAAAUUUACAGGCUGCAGGGAGUGCGGGGCCUCUAUGUCGGGGUGAUGCCGCGCAUGCUACGUGUGGUGCCCGCCUGUGCCAUCAUGAUCUCCACCUUCGAAUACAGCAAGUCGUUCUUCUUCCACUACAAUCUGGAUCUCCAGGAGGCAGCGAACAACAAGAACGAUUUUCGAUAGCACCGCGAUAGCAUUUCCGUUCCGACUUCACUGUCGAUAGCGCCCAGCGGCAACAGCUGAUCGUCGUGGAAUGGAAUGGAAAUGGUACAACUCGGAUGAGCACUGAGCACGGUGUUUUCUUUUGGGAUCCGUAAAUUAUUUCACAAUGAUCGGAGAGCUUGACUAAUAGCACAGCUCUGAACAUCGUCAACAAACACGCCGUAGCACACGAUUCGCCUUCUCAUCUCAUCUCACAUCACCGUUUGCCGCCACCAGCUUACCGGCGCUCCCAGUGAAGCAACCGCCAAUCGCGUGGAAGAGGAGCAAGUGCAUCUGUCAUGGCUACGAGGGAGGCCUGCGGCCAGUUUGCUGCUGCCAGUGCGGCAAUGGCGGCUGCUUCCAGUCAAAAUCCGUCGAAGGCCACGAUGACGGACCCCCGUUUUCGGAUCCGACCCCUGCAGCAAGUGGCAUCCGCCUGUACCGGCGCCAUGGUGACGGCCUGCUUUAUGACCCCUCUGGAUGUGAUCAAGACCCGCUUGCAGGCACAGCAGCAGGCGCUGCUCUCAAACAAGUGUUUCCUCUACUGCAACGGCCUCAUGGACCACAUCUGCCCCUGCGGCCCGGACACGCCCAACCCAGCAGCCGCCAAGCCCGCUCCCCGUUUUUCUGGCACCAUUGACGCAUUCAUCAAAAUCAGCCGCACUGAGGGCAUCGGCUCCCUGUGGUCGGGGCUCAGCCCAACGCUAAUCUCGGCCCUGCCCUCGACCAUCAUAUACUUCGUGGCUUAUGAGCAGUUCAAGGCCCGUUUCACCGAUAUCCACUACAAAUACACGCGACGCCCGGAUACCAUUGCCCACGACAUUCCACACCCGAUUCCAUUUCUGGUGCCGCUGCUGGCCGGCGUGUCGGGCCGCAUUCUGGCCGUAACCUGUGUAAGUCCCGUCGAGCUAAUCCGCACCAAGAUGCAAUCGCAGCGCAUGACGCACGCCGAGAUGUUUGGCACCAUUCGCCAAGUGGUGCAGUCGCAGGGCGUGCUGGGCUUGUGGCGCGGUCUGCCGCCAACCAUCCUGCGCGACGUGCCCUUCUCCGGCAUCUACUGGACCUGCUACGAGUACCUCAAGAGCUCCUUUGGCGUUGUGGAGCCAACGUUUAGCUUCAGCUUUGCGGCGGGAGCGAUAUCCGGAUCGGUGGCCGCCACCAUCACCACGCCCUUCGAUGUGGUGAAAACGCACGAGCAGAUCGAAUUCGGCGAGAAGUUCAUAUUCUCAGAUAAUCCACCCAAGCAAGUGGCCACCAAGUCGGUGGCGAUGCGCCUGGCCAGCAUUUACCGCAUGGGCGGUGUGCCCGCCAUUUUCUCUGGACUGGGGCCCCGACUCUUCAAGGUAGCGCCCGCAUGUGCGAUAAUGAUUUCGUCCUUCGAGUACGGCAAGUCAUUCUUCUAUCACUACAACAUCGACCAGCACAAUCGGAGCAAUCAGGCGACAAAGGGGCCCGGCUCCUGAACGCGCUCCCAAUGCGGUGACCACAGCAUGUCGACGUGAAUCUUUGUACAUAUGUAGAUUAAUGCCAAAGUUGCCAGGAAAUCGGUGGGCAGGUGGGAAAUCGUCUGCUGCUGGGUUUGGCGAGCCCCAUUCGAAAUUGUUAAAUUGUAGUGAAAUAAAAUUCUUGUUUUUCUUGGUUCGAAAACAAACAUGAGCUUACUU